UGCUUCAGGUUCGUCUUCGUUCUACCGCCAGCCAUCAUUACGAAAACGGACACAGUGAGAGAAGUGAUUUACGUCGGUGUUUCUCUCGCCUAGCAGUUACGUUUCAUCACAAGCCGCACAAAUGAAGAUGGUGGAUAAAAUUGAAAUGAGUCUGGAUGAUAUUAUUAAACAGACCAAAGGGUCUAGGGCGCGUGGCGGUGGUGGAACAAGCGGCAGACGCGGCAGAGGCGCUGGGAGUUCACCUCGUCGAGGAACACGUCGGGUACAGAGAACUAGCGGUGGCGUCAUGCGAGGACGUAAUCGCGGUGGAAUUGCGCGCAGCUCGCUACCGUACACAAGGGGUGAUGUAAACAGUGCUUGGAAACAUGAUAUGUUUGAUGGUGUAAAGAAAGUUGGUCGUGGUGCAAUAGGCAAUGCAGGAACGACCAAGCUUUUGGUAUCUAAUCUUGAUUUUGGUGUAUCAGAUUCAGACAUACAGGAAUUAUUCAGUGAAUUUGGACCUUUAAAAUCAGCAGCAGUACAUUAUGAUAGAUCAGGUCGAUCUCUAGGUUCUGCUGAUGUCAUAUUUGAAAGACGGGCAGAUGCUAUUAAAGCAAUGAAACAGUAUCAUGGAGUACCGUUAGAUGGACGUGAAAUGAAUAUACAAGUAGCGACUUCUGAAUUACCAAUCGCUUCUGUUCGUGGUCCGAGACUUAGCGGCGUUAAUUAUACACAAAGACCUCAAACACGUUUUAGAGGAAAUCGGGGCACAGGAUCUAUUAGAGGUCGUGGAAGUCGACGUGGAGGAGGUAGAGGAGGAGGUACUCGACAAACGACAAAAACACCUACGGCUGAAGAAUUAGAUGCAGAACUGGAAGCUUAUGUGAAGGAAGUCAAGUAACAACGUUAUAAAAUUGCUGCAUUCAAAUUUUGUUCAAUGUGACUAACACAAUACACAUUGUUGCUAUUU